AGUUGGUGAAAGAGAAUCAUCAUCAGCCGACUCAUGUGUAGAUCGUCUGCUCCUGAUGUAAGCCUGCCCAGUUAGCAACUCGUCCUGCACAUUUCUUGGGUAUCCUGUGACUGUGUGUGUCUUGAGGCUCAGCGAGGGUGUGGAGCUGUAGCGAGGAGUGAGGGAGAUGGCACAGCAGCUGGCAAACCUUUUCACCAGGGUCGGGCAAAUUGGGUUCGGUGUGGCGGUGGUCGGUGGCGUCGUCAACUCCGCCCUCUAUAAUGUUGAUGCCGGACACCGUGCUGUGAUCUUUGACAGGUUUGCUGGUGUUAAGGAUACUGUAACGGGUGAAGGCACUCAUUUCUUCAUCCCAUGGGUCCAGAGGCCCAUUGUUUUUGAUGCCAGAACUCGUCCCAGGAAUGUCCCCGUGAUAACCGGCAGUAAAGAUCUACAGACAGUGAACAUUACUUUGAGAGUUUUAUUUCACCCCAUGAGUGAUGAGCUUCCAAAGAUCUUUACUACACUAGGUAUUGACUACGAGGAUCGUGUCCUGCCUUCCAUCACGAAUGAAGUCCUGAAAGCUGUUGUGGCUCGAUAUGAUGCUGGAGAACUCAUCACCCAACGAGAAAAGGUUUCUCGCAAUGUUAGUGAACAACUUACAGAACGUUCAGCACAGUUUGGAUUGGUCCUUGAUGACAUUUCUAUUACUCAUCUGACCUUUGGCAAGGAGUUUACACAGGCUGUUGAGCUGAAGCAGGUAGCUCAGCAAGAGGCAGAGAGAGCCAAGUUCUUGGUAGAAAAGGCAGAACAAGAGAAGAAAGCAGCAGUUAUUAGUGCAGAUGGUGAUGCCUCAGCUGCUACUCUGCUAGCCAAGUCAUUUGGGGAAGCAGGAGAGGGCCUCGUGGAGCUCAGGAGAAUUGAGGCUGCUGAGGAUAUUGCCUACAGGUUGGCAAAGAACCGCAAUGUGGCUUAUCUACCAAGUAACCAAAACACCCUCUUGUCUCUCCCUCAGUGAGAAUAUUCCAAGGUACAGUACAUGAAAAAUCUCAACACAGUCUAAGAGGCAAUGUAAAGUAAUCGAUACCUAGAGAAUAUAUUCUUGAAAAUGUCCAAGAAUGUUGUUACGGUUGCUAGUUUGUCCUGAGUUCUCCAUUUCAUACAUAUAAAUAAAAAAAAUUGUGUUUCCAGUCUAUCCAGUUUUAUUACUUCGGACCCUAAACUUUAUCUUGGUAAAUAAAUAAAAAAAAUUAAUAUACCAAUGUACAUUUUAUAUCAUAGACAAAAAUGUGUAAGUACACUUCAGUUUACUUCUAUAAACAAUGCAACAGGAGUUCAAGCUAACAAAUAAAUUUGAAAAUACUGUACUUGGCAAUUUUUUCUUGAGUUCUGUGGGAAACAUUUUUUGUGAGAGUCAGAUGAAGUUACCUUUGUUUAUAGUAGUUACAGCUUACCGGUAGUGGGGCUGAACGAUUUGCCAUUCAAUUCUUAUCCAAGCACAAUUAUCUGUUCUGUCUUUACUGUAUUAUUGGGGUGGAGAAAUUUCCUGUUCUUGUAAUAUAUAAGACUCUAGGCAUUGAAGUUGUGGGAAAAUUGGAUGAUUUCAUUAUUAACCGUCGCCAUCUGUUUAGUAUAACAUAGUCACAGAGGCUUGCAUUCCACUUUUAUUGUACUUUGUUUCUGCAAAAUAAAAUAAAAAAUGAACUAUAAGCUUGGUCUUCACAUUUUCUUUUUCAGUAUCAAGUAUUUUUUCCGAUUGAAUUUUAUUUUUGACCAGUAACAGUUGAUUGAGCUAUCAUGCCAGUGUUCAAGAAAUUGUAUUGAUAACUGAAUAAAGAGGCACUAGUAAUGUGUUAUGUAUAAAGAAAUGUUCAAAUUGUAAUUAUGGUUUUUGUAAAGAAAGUUUAAUGAUCA